CCUCCUUAUUUUGUCGAAUAAAACAUUAAAGGGUAUUUAAAAAUUUAUACAGUAUUCAUUUACGGGAUGUGGGCGUCGCCAGCUAAACCAGCAUUAUUGCCCACCCUAAUUGCCCUUGAGAAGGUGGUGAUGAGCUGCCUCGAACUGCCGCAGUCCCUGAGGUGCAGGUCCACCCACAGUGCAUCAAACGGAAAUACAGUUGACUUGUAUGGAACAAUUAAUAAACAGACAAAGGCCAAAUCCAGGUCAUUUCAAGAAGAUUCAUCAAUGUUGACAUUUUAUUAUCAUCAACUUCAAUCCUACAUCAGACCAAGCCAUGGGGAAUUGAGCAGGGCUUGUUACCACUCCAGUUCUCUUGGUUCUGAGUUGACUAAUGAAGACAUGGUGACAUCCAGCAAGGUAACUUUUGUAAGAUACUGCCAGAUCUGCUGAAUUCCUCCAGUAUCAUGUGUGUGUUACAUACCAUUUCCAGCAUCUGUAUUGCAGCCUGGUAUGGGAACACCAAUGCCUUUGAGCAGAAAAUCCUGCAAAAGUUAGUGGAUUUGGCCCAGUACAUCACAGGUGAAACCCUCCCAACCACUGAGCACGUCUACAUGAAACAUUGCCAUAGAAAAGCAGCAUCCAUCAUCAAAGAUCCUCACCACCCAGGCCAUGAUCUUUUCUCGCUGCUGCCAUCAGGUAGAAGGUACAAGAGCCUCAGGACUCACACCAAACGUACAAGAAUAGUUACUACCCCUCAACCAUCAGGCUCUUGAACAGAAGGGGACAACUACACUUAUUUAAGGACUCUUUUAUCUUGUUAUUCCAUGCUUGUUAUUUAUUUAUUAUCUGCACUUGCACAGUUUGUUUACAGUUUACAGAUUCUGUUUACAGUUACUGUUCUAUAGAUUUGCUGAGUAUGCCUGCAGAACCAGAAUCUCAGGGUUGUAUGUGGUGACAUGUAUGUACUCUGAUAAUAAAAUUUACUUUGAACUUUGGUCUGCAGUCUCUCUCUCUCUCCCUCUCCCUCUCCCUCUCCC